CUUUCUUUCAUAUCUUAAAAACUGUAUGCCCAAGAUUUAAUUUCUAUCGUCUACCCGUUCUCUAAUUCGCAAGCAGAUCCUCUUACAUGGUCAAUACGCUUGCGUCUACCCAGCUGCCUUCGACCCAAAGAACGAACGACGUCAAUGCUACGACUGGUUCUGGAACAAGGUCGCGAGCAACGGGCAGUCGGACAGGAUAACGCGUGUAGAGAUGACGACUGCCGACAAUGUUGUUCUGAGGUGUGCUCUAUUUUUACAUGGCCACGAUGGCUCGGAUUCGGAUUCGGAUUCAGAUUUGCCUCCGCUCGCCACGGUCAUUCUCUUCCAUGGAAAUGCGUGCCAUUGGUGGGAUUGUGCUUUUCUCGCUCAUGAAUUUCAUGCGAGACGGUGUAACGUUCUGUUGGUUUCGUACCGAGGAUAUGGAACCUCCGAUGGUUUUCCUUCUGAGAAAGGUCUGAGAGACGAUGCACAGGCGGCGCUUGAUUAUGCGUUGGCUGACCAGCAGCUCUCCCAGGUACCGAUUAUUGUAUACGGUCACUCAUUGGGCGGAGCCGUAGCCAUCGACCUCGUUAGCCGAAAUCCUACCAAGGUAUUCGCCCUCAUUGUGGAGAAUACAUUUCUCUCCAUACCUAGCAUCGUCCGAGGCUGGAGCGUCCUCCGCUACUUUGCUUUCAUCGUGCACCAGAAAUGGGAUUCCGAGUCCAAGAUAUCAUCUAUACCUGGGACGCUGCCGCUUCUCAUGCUCAGCGGACAGAGAGAUCCAGUUGUUCCCGAAGCGCAUAUGAAGAAACUGUGGGAACUACGUUCAUCUGGCGACUUGGAUACAUUCAAGUCUUUCCCUUCGGGAGGACAUGAACCUAGCGCAGUUGAGCCACAUUAUUGGAACACGAUUGAGAUGUUCCUGACCACUGUACUUAAGAACCAGAAAUCCGCUAACUCUCCUUCAUGAGCAGGCCUUGUAAGAGAGCAUCCGUCUCAGUAUUUUUCUAUUUGCAUUAUAUGUAUAGUAACGAGAGCUCCUGUUCCCCAACAUUAUGUGUAUGCAGUACAAAUGAUACAUAUAAAAAACCG